AUGCAGCCGCCGAGCAGCGCGCGGGGGAGCUACCGGGCCGUGCCGUCGCGGGCGGGGACGCCGCCGGCGUCGGCGGUGGCCGUGGUGCCGGCGUCCAGGCAGAGGCCGAGCGCGGCGCCGGGCGCCUUCCACUGGCCUUCGGCGGCCGCGCCGGGCGCGCCCUGGCUGCCGGCCUGCGACGGCCUGCCGCUGCUGGAGGAGGGCCCGCUGCACGGCGCUGCCCCGCUGGUCAGCCCCAUGGCCUCGCCGCUGUCGGUGAUGAGCGCGGCCUCGCCGCAGAUGACCGCCUGGGACUACAACCCGGAGUCGACCUACAACGUGCAGGCAUUCUACGCGGCGGAUGCGACGCUUGGCCAGUGGCGCAGGACAGUCACGCAGUUCAAGAAGGAGCUCACAAAGCAGCCGAAGUAUGAUCCAUCUGCGGCGUCCCCGCAGUCGAUCAGCAUACAGCCCGAGGUCAACGGCGAUUCGGACCCGGCGAGCUCAGAAGACGAGAGGUCCUCUGUGACUGCCUCCCAGGUGUCGUUCAUCACAGCCUCUUGGAGCCUUGGAAUGCGGAGGUGGAAUCCUCAGUUAUACCAUUGGGUCGCCUCUCGCGUUGGCACAAGAACGAAGGCCUGCCGGCGGAUUUCCUCGUUCAUCCUUUUCGAGGCCUUGAAGUUCCUGCUGUCCGAGCGCGCUUACGUCGAGGGCGUCAGCACGUUCUCGAUACUGGUCGUCACCAAUUUCGUGUCCCUUGUAGUCUCCAGCGUGCUGUCCUUCCUCCUCGAGGGGACCGACGUGGUGAAGCACGUUCUUGUGUGCAGCGCCCACUGGAGGUUCCUGGCGGUGGCCGUGCUCUUCACCGCCGCGAGCGCGCUGCUCCUCAGCGCCUACCGCAUCGGCACCCCGGCGGCGGAGGUAGUCACCGUCGGAUACAUAUACCUUCCCGUCUCCGUGGUGCUCAGCUACUACAUCUUCCGGCGGCGGUAUGGCAGGCUCGAGUGGCUCUCGGUGGGCAUGAUGACGCUGGCCAUCCUCACCUUCGUGCUGCUGCGCGAGGAGUCCAAGAACCCACUGGGCCGGUUUCGCCGCCGCGGGUUCUGUUUGGUGGUCGGGGCUGUGUUUAUCUCCGUUCUCGGUUCCAUAUUGGCGGAGAAGAUCUUCAAGCAGAGGUCCAUCGCGCGCGGCAGCUCUCAGCAGCCGCACCAGGACAGGUUUUACCUGAUGAAGCUGCACCUGGACUACUCGUCGCUGGUCGUCUCGUGCGCUCUGUGGUUCACGCCAGCCCCUGUUGCGAACUUGUUUGGGGAUUUCUUCGAGCAGUGGUCCAACUCCCCCGAGUGGUUUGGCACGUGGGGCCGGUACCAAUUUCUCAUGGUAGUCGUGUCGGUUGGACAAGGCUGGGCAGCAGGUUUGGUCACGAAGGAAUUCUCCACGGCUGUGAAGGCCGUCUUGCAGACUCUGAGCGUCAUCACCGUGAUGCUGCUGAGCGACCCGCUCAUGGGCAACCGCUUUCACUUCAUCCGGAGAGAGUCCCCCUCCAUCAUGCUUUUCGUUAUCAUCGUGAUGUCGGCGCUGAUCUUCCAGACGGGGAGGAUCAACCUCAGGGUCAUCCGCAAGGCCAUGAGCCUGGGCGUCGACCGCCUGGCCGCGCCGGAGGACGACUCCGAGCCCCGCCCCCGGCUGGACGCAAGGGAAAGCACGCCGGACGGCGGGAGUGCCGCCGCGCCGCCCGGCGACAAGCCGGGUGGCGACUCGUCCGCGGAGGACGCGGGCCGAGGCGCGGAGGCCGAGUCCUCGCCGCGGGACUCGGCGGCGGAGGAGCACGGCGGCGCGGGGGCGAGUUGGAGCAGCCUGCUCGCGACCUAUGCGCUGAUCGUCGUCUACAUCCGCAUCGUCGCCGACGCCGGCCGGACGAUAGUCAUCCAGAAGUCCCUGAGCACCACCGUCAUCAACUCGACCUCCAUGACCCUCGCGAUCUGCCUCUGCGGUCUGGUCGUGGCGAGCAGCCUCACGCUCGUCACCAACGGCUGCGAGGGCCUGAGGCGGGCCUGGGACCCCAGGGGCAUCUGGCACUGCCUCCCGGCGGCCUUCCUCUUCGCGCUCUCGACGACCUUCGGGAACAUGGCCUUCGCCCUCGGCGUAUCGCCCUCCCUGUACGUGGUGCUGGGCAAGUUCUACACGCCCGUGGCGGCGGUCGGGGCGCGCUGGGUCAUGGGGAAGUUCUACAUGUGGCUCGAGUGGUUCGCCCUGCUCAUCCUCACGCUGGCGUCGUGCUGCUUCGGCUAUCUGAAGGAGUUCGACGUCACGACCGGGGACCCGAACCCGGGCUCCGUGCCGGCCAUGGUGCUGGUCCUCUGCUCCGCGGGCACUUCCGCGCUGGCUUCCCUGGUGACGGAGAAGAUCCUGAAGGUUGACAACGCGCCGUUCCACCUGAAGAAGGUGCGACUGGACGCGGGCAGUGCGCUCUCGAGUGCGCUCCUGAUACCCAUCAUCGGGAUGAUGGCCAGCCGGCCGCAAGACAUCCCCUGGGUCCAGCGGCCGCUGGACUACCAGCGGUGCCCCGCCAGCUCGACGUGCUGGCAGCUGCACGGCGAGGACGGCCUCGGGACGUGCGCGAACGCCGGGUGCCAGUGCGACUGCACCGAGGGGGUCUUCGCGGGCUGGGACAGCAGUCUGCUGCUGCUCGCCCUGGCCGUGAACACCGCCCAGGGCUGGCUGGUCGGCCGGGUCACCCAGCGCUUCUCGACGGUGCACCGGGCCAUCGCCGAUUCCUUCAGCCUGCUGGGGCUCUCGCGGACUUCGUGGCCGACCCCCUCUUCAACGGCGCGAGCCUCGGCAGCGUGAGCCUCAACCUGGUGGCGUUCAUCCCGGGCGCACCGCCACCUUCGCGGUCGCCACCUCCGAGAUGCAGAGGGUGAUGAGCGCCCAGUCCAAGCUCGAGGGGCGGCGCCGCGGCCGGCCCGCGGGCCGGGCGCCGAGGUGCGAGCUGCCGCCCAGGAGCUGCAGGGUUGGCUCUGGCCUCAGCGAGAGCGACUCGGAGUCGCUCGUGAGCGAGGCCAGCACCGGUACUUCGAUAACGUCCAUCUCGCUGGCGUCGGCGAAAUCUCUGCGGGGACACUGCUGGUGAGCGGCGCUGGCGAGGGCAUUUGGCAGGGACGUCGGGCGAUGCCGCAACCGGCCGCCUGCCUCUCCCAUUCCAGCGGUGCGCCGAGGGGAAGGAGGAGGAGGAGGAGGGCCUGCGAGAGGCAGGGCGCCCUAGAGGGCCACCGGCCUCGCCGCCCCACCUCCCCGCCCACUUUGGUGGCGCGCCGCCAACAGCUCACCUUGUAGCUGCUUUUCUUCCCUGCUCUGCUCAAUUAGGGAAUUCGUGCUGAUCCGUGCAUAAUCAAUCCCGGACCCCGCCUUGCGACACGGGUGCGCGCACGAAGCCGCCGCGACCACCUCGCCCCCCCCCGACCUCUCUGGCACUCGGCCCGCGCGCGGCGCCUCGUGGGCCGGCCGGUGAGACCCCUCGGCCUGCGGGCAUUACUCUGCGCGGAGGCAGACCCUUCGCGGCCCCGCGUGCGGAAUUCAGGCCCACGGGACGGGCGCAGGCGCGGGCCCGCCACACCGCAAGGACUGGCGAAGCGUCCUGGCUCGCCUGCAGGAAUGCCGGGACGGUCGGUCCCUGCUCAAACACCGGUGGCCACACCGGUGGCGCCGUCCACGCAUCGUGCAGCCUGCAGAGAGCGUCGGCUCGUCGUCGCGGCCGCCCGCGCGAGACCGGAGCGGGCAAGGCCUGCUGUGCGUGAGGUGCGGCAGUUGCUGAAAGACGCCCUGCGCAGAGCGGGGGCUGGGCGUUGUUGAGAAGAGGAAGGGGGCUCUCGGACGUUUUCGAGACCCGAG